AUGCAGACUAUGCCACAUACGCCAGAGACAGCAAACUGUGAUUUCGAUAACCUGAACUCAAGAAUUAGUUUCAAGACAUCGGACUGUGAAUACAUUUGGUCUUCAUAUACGAAAAACCCUGACCAAAAGUCGUUGAUACCAGUGAAGGAGUUUCAAAUCACACAUCUUCCUUUAGUGUGUCGAGAUGAAGCUGUGGUCUACUGCAUCAGAGCCAUGGCUGAACUCACCGUCGCACUCAGGGCUAAAAAUGUCAGCGUAAAUAGAUCAGAGGAAGAUCGUCUCUAUCAUUUCAGAGGAAAACAAUUUGUGCGUACAGGAAGCGGCAGUGUUAUAAAUGUUUUAUUUAGAACGGAGACUUCUGAAUGUGUAUGUGGAGAAUGUAGAGCCGACAACAGACGUAAAAACCUCCCGGCAGUAAUUGUAGUGCAAACAGCUCGUCAUGUAGUGUUUGACGAGUAUGAGUCAAGGGACACUACCGUUGAUCUAUGUUUCGAUGACGAGAACGGCGAAAAUGUGAGGAGUCUGGUUGGCUCAAAGGUGUUAGUCAGUUCACAAGACUGCGAUGAGUGUAUUUUCGAGUGUCCCACACACGACAGUGAUCUGGCAAAGAAGUUAAGCAAGAGACUUGCAGAUUUUCAAAAGCUCUAUCUUGCUGCCAACAGGACACUGCUGGCUCGUGGGUCCCGGUUGUCUGUGGCAAUAUCCCACUUUCAUGGCAGCCGUAAGCAUAUAGCUGUUGGUCAAUGGAAGACAGCAGCGGGAAACAGUGCUGACGCUAGCAGAAUUGGAGCAAUAUCGACCAGACAAGGUUCUUCCCCAAAUGUCCACAUAGUUAUUGGUGACAACGUCAUCUUCAGCUUCUGUCCAAGUCUUCAGCCCGUCCUUUCCAUCGGACAGGGGCCAUCAGAAUCUGAGGCUGCAGGCAUUGAGGUCAUCGUGGAGUUACCUGAUGGAACACAAACAGAACGGGUCAUUUGGCCAAUGGACUGUCUAGUUGAUGCGACAAAGAAAUCGCUGUUAAGUGAUUGUGGAGUUACAGAUCCCCCUGGAAUGUAUGACCUGGUAAUGGAGCUGCCCGAUGGAAGCAUGCAGAUCAUGAAGGACGAGAAAGAAAUUGAUUACUAUUUGGACGAUAUCUGUAUGUCUCUUCGGUUAUUCUUCCAACAGAAAGCCAGCCAGCAUCAAUAA